AAACACUUCAAACAAAUAAUUGCCGCGACGCCGCGUGCAGUGCUCGUUUUCACUUUCAAUGUUUCCACAGGUCAGUUUGGGAAAUAAUUGAGAAGAAUGAGCAGCAACCCUGAGACAGCCAACCGCGUUCAUUCAUUUUACCCCCUUCCCCCGCCUUCAUUAUAUCCGUGGAAAUGAGUGUGUGAGAGUGUCGAAGCAGCAGUAAUGGCGUCGGGGGGAGAAACCUGUGCUCCUGCGGAGGACAAGGGGGGUGUCCCGCUAGACAUUGAUGAUGUACAUCUACUCCUGCAAGUGGAACAGGAGCAGAUUCAGAAGAGGACAUUCACAAACUGGAUCAAUGCACAGCUCUCCAAGAGGAACCAUCCAGCUGUUGUCCAGGAUCUGUUCUCUGAUCUUGGAGAUGGGACUCGACUGCUUGACCUACUGGAGGUGAUGAGUGGCCAACGCAUGAAGCGUGAGCGGGGUCAUGGUGUGUUUCAGCAGAGAGGCAACAUAGAGACUGCUUUGAAAUUCUUGAAGAAUAAAUCAAUCAAGCUGGUGAACAUAAACAUCCCAGAUAUCAUAGAGGGGAAACCUUCCAUCAUUCUGGGCCUGAUAUGGACCAUCAUUCUGCACUGUCAUAUAGAGGAGCUAGCCAACACUCUGUGUUAUGGAUCCCGUUCAUCCUCCCUGGACUCUCUGUCCAGUCUUGAUUCUGUUCCUGGAUCUCCACGCAGUAGUCCUGUUCCCCGGGGAGCAUCACCGCUCCGCACCCGCUUCCGUCUGUCUGCUAAGAAGGCUUUGCUCCUGUGGGUUCGGGACCAGUGCCAGAAAGUUGGUUGCCCAGCCGGUGUGAGGGACUUUAAGUCCAGCUGGAGGAGUGGUGAGGUGUUUCUGGCCAUUCUCUGCUCUCUUAGACCUGAUCUGGUGGACCUCUCUCAAGUCCAGACCAGCAGCCACCGGGAAAACUUGGAGAGGGCAUUUCACCUCGCUGAGAAGGAGCUCGGAAUUCCCAGACUGCUCGAGCCAGAGGACGUUGAUGUCAGUAACCCUGAUGAGAAGUCUAUCAUAACAUACAUUGCUCAGUUCCUGCAGUACUCCAACGAUCAGCCUGUAGCUGAAAAUGAUUUUGAGCUUCAAUCUCUACUCUUUCCCACGUGCCUUCCUCCUGCCAUCCUCCCUACACACUUCAGUCCUGCUGUGCUGGGCUCCUCACUCCACCAGGCUUCACCCAGUCAGAAAGCCAGAGAGAUGAAAUGCUGGCUAGAGCGAGCCUGUCAGGAGUUAUUGGGGGCAUGGAAUUCCACAGAGGGGAAGGGGUAUGCAGAGAGGUAUCAGGCAUUUCAGAACUUUGUGGGGACUUAUUAUGACCAGCGACGUCCAGUUAUUCCAGUUCUCGGUGCAAUGAGACACUGCGCUAAACCAAGUGAGGAGCAGAUGUCAUUGAGAAAGGCCUGGGACACCAUGGAGGAGAGGUUGCAAGAGUUCAGAACAGAGCUUGAUGUUGGUUUGCCAGCCCCUCUGAACACACUGGGCCGGUGGCUCCAGCAUAUGGAAGCUGUGUUGUCUGAAGACAGCGGGAGCACAGAAGAUCAUGCACUUGCUGCUAGAGAUGCCAGACACAAGCAAGAACAGCUGAAGGUCUUGGUUGAGGACUUAAGCCAGCACUUGAACAUCCUUCAUCACUACCGUAACUCAGAUGAUGAUGGCUGUCUUCAAGUGCCAAUCGAGAAGCUGGAGGAGAUCAAGAGACGGUUGGACAACAAUAUCUGUUUCACCAGUGCCAGAGUAUCAGCCAAGUACCACGGGCUCAAGCUACAAUACAGAGAGCAGAUGCACCAUGUUUAUGACCUGCUGGGAUGUCUGAAGUCUAAGCUGAGCCUGUGGAGAGGACCUUACGGCUCCCAAGAGUCUGUGCACUUUCUGCUACAGGAUUGGCAUGACACUGUUGACAAGCAAGGCCUAGUGUGGAUGUUGAAGGAAGCACUUCAUAAGAUGAAGGACACAGCAGUCAGUUACACAAACAAAGCAGCUCUGGCUGAGGAUGUGCCUGUGGUAAACAGGCAGGUAAAGGAGGCCGAUAGUGAGACGGGAGUCUGUACAGAAGCUGCAGAAGCAGUAAGAUCCACCAUGGAGCGUGUUCUGGCUGCAUGGGUGUCCUACAUAGACUGCCUGUAUCUAUUACAGGUCUGGCUGUGGCAGGAGGGACAAUCAGAGGAACAGGGGCAGGAGCACAAGCAUUUUUCAUCUUGCUUGAAUGAGUGGAGAUCACGUCAAGCCCAGCUGAAUGAGGCGGGAAACAUCCUCAUUGAUAUGAGUGAUGCUUCCACCAGCCACUCUCUGACUGAAGAGCUCCGCAAACUGAACAUACAGUGGGCUGACUUUAUAAAAAGGACCAAGUUUGCAGUGGCCCCUCAGCCCAUCGCUGCGGUCCCGGGGGUCCAAGCUGCUCAAUCCCUGAUGCAGGAAGCCGGCUGGGUGCUUAGAGAGACUGUGGAGGUGUCAUCUGGACCUCUGCGUAUUUACAGAAAGAAACUCCAGGGCAUAAUUAAGAAGAUGUCAGCAUUCAGUCUGAAAUCUUUAUCUCCAGACUGCAAAGAAGAAACUCUACAGAAACUCAGAAAAACUCUUCCAGAGACCUUUGAAACUUUGACCCGGGUGGAUCAGGUGUGUGUGAGACUCCAAAAAGCGACAUCUCUGCUUGAGGGCAGACUGACUGAGCUUGAAAACUGGAGCACAGAAGCCCAAGAGGUCUGCAACCACCUUAAAGAAAGGCAGCAUAGGGGCCACCGGGGCCCACAUCCCAGGGCUAAAGGACUGAUCUCCAGAGGUAUACAUUUGGAAGGACAGGUAGUGACAGAAGGUGAGGACCUGCAGGUGCUUGUGACAUCAGUGCAAAAGAACUCUUCCCUGCCUUGCUUCAGAACAAAGGCAAUACAAGACCGACUGCAACAGAAUGUCUCGUACUCUCAGGAGGUUACCGAGAUGCUCAGUUCCCUUGGAGUGAAGUGUGAAGGACAGCCUAAAGGUGCACAGCCUGCUUCCAAGGUUUUCGUACAGGCGUAUUCUCAGCCUGAAUCCAAAGUUGAAACCAUUCAACACCAUCAGAAUCAGACAUUUUCCAAAAGCAGCAAACAUUCUCCAGAGAGCCAAGAACUCUAUUCUUCUCAGCUGCAGUCACAGUACGAAGCCACAAGUGACGUACAGCCCCAGGUUCUCCCCCAGGAUCAUGAUAAAUCCCUGAAAGACCAAAGAAAAGCUGUAUGCCAAGUACAACAAGCAGAGCUCAAACAGACUUUGUUGUCAUCUGUUGUUGGCAGGGAGGUUCAGAUGAAACCCCAGACUCAAGUUCAACUGAUCUCUGUAGACUCGAGCCUAACCAGUGGCUUUGGACCAUCUGACCUUCAAGCCGCAACAGUAAAGUCAAGCCAAAACAGUGGCUUUGGACCCUUAGACACUUUACAGGUUAUCUCUGUAGACCCAGUCCAUACCAGUGACUUUAUACUUUCAGAGCUACAGGUUGUCUCAAGCCAAACCAGUGGAUUUAUGCCAUUAAACUCUCUCCAGGUUAAAUCUGUAGAAUCAGGCGAAACCAGGGACUUUAAACCAUUAGACCUUCAGGUAAUCUCUGUAGAGUCAAGCCAAACCAGUGGCACUGAACAAUCAAACCCUCCGCAGUCUCCAUCUUCAACUAUGUCCAUACCGAGCACAUCGCUUACACCGGUUACCAUGACUGAACUAAGAAUGCCAGUCGAGCAGAAUUUUGGUUCACCGCCAAAAUGGCAACCUCAGACCUCCUUGGUGACCCCAGACCAAAGACAAAGGGUUUUUGUCAAAAGUCACAGUUUUCCUCAGCCCAAUGAGCCUUCACAAACUCUGUCUGUAACCUCUCUUGCAUCCCACCCAAGCACUUUGCAUACACCGGUAACAGUGACUCAACAAACGACGCCAAACAAGCAGCACCUUGGUUCACCAACAAAAUGCCAGCCUCAGACCUCCCUGAUGACUCUACACCAAAGACAAUCUGUUCUAUACAAAAGUCACAGCUUUCCAGAGCCAUCAGAGGCUCCAGGUGUUCCCCAUGUCCCGGUACAGAAUGAGAUGUAUGCUAGAGCUGAGGCUUUGGCCAGGAGCAGACUGGAUCAAGCCAAAGAGCACCUGCGUGAACAUAUACAGGAUGUCAUCACUGUGAUAAGUGCCAGAGACAAAUCUAAAAAACAAGCCAAGAAAAAACAGGCAGUGUCACGUCUUCUCAGACCUAAAGUGUUGGAGACGUUUCUAGAAGCUGUGAAGGGAAUGGGGUUUUUCUGCUCUGAUGCCCAGCUCAGAGACAUGGACCUCCUCUCUCAGUCAGUCAGGGCGCAGUGGGAGGUAUGUGCCACAGCAGCUGAGCGGUCAGUGCAUCUGGAAGCCUUGAGAAGAAUUACAGAGACUCUGCAGCCCAGAGAGAGGGUUCUUCUAAGCCCCACCCAUCUGAGAACAGACACACAGAAGGUGGAGAGUGUUCAAUGCCGCACAGACUCCACAAGUGACUUGGCAUCAUGCCAGGAUAGCAGGGGGGGAGCAAUCAAGGAUUGUGUCCUGUUGAGAAAGACUGUAAUGCUGGAUGACCUACGCAUCGACCAUUCACAGGCUGUUGUCCAGACCAACAUUGCGGAGAUCAAACAGAUUCCAGAGAGGACCAUCAUCCAACCCUGCUCAGCACAGGAAGAGAAGGUUACCACUGUGGAAACUCCGAGCAGUAGCUACAGUGCUGUUCAGUCAGUCUUUCAGCUUCAGCUGCUUAACAACAGUCAGCAGCUGGGAUCAGAGUUACCCAUCAGCCUCGGCAGCAAUGCUAGUACCUCUGCUGACUCACUGAGAACUCAACUCCAGCACCUACUGGAUCUUAAGAACCGCACAGAGGCUCUGUGGCGUGAGUUUGAGCUUCAGUAUUCCCAAAAUUCUCAGCACAUGGAAGAUGGCUAUAAUAUGGUGCAGGAGCGAACUCAGCUUAUUCAACAGUGGAAGGAACAACAGAUGUGUUUUCAGGCCAGGGUGAAGUCCCUUGAAACUGCGGUAGAGCUGCUGGAGUCCACAGACAUUAAGAUCAGACUGAUUUCUGAUCAGAUCAAACAGAUUAGUCAGAAACCUCUAAAUAUUAGAAACUUUGCCAUUGCUGAUCCCAAAAAUCUACAUGAAGAAAUAAAGCGUCUAGAUGAAAGUAUCGAGAAGGAGCUGUUUCUGCUUAAGAGUGAUGGUUCAGUUAGUGAUGCUGCUCAUCUGAGUCCCAUUGAGCUCCAAGCUCAUCUUCCUCUGCAGCAAAUGCUUCACAACUGCACAAAAUGCUUGGACCAGCAAAGACAAUGUCUGAGAAAGAGUGAAUCAGCCCUGGUGCGCCUCGUGAACCUCCUGUCCCAUCUCCAGCAGAUGAAUGCCAAAAUCAGUGCAGCUCGCAACGCAUCAGAUCACAGUUUAGUCUCCAUCCGGCAAAGCCUUCAGCAGGCCAGGGAUGAAUCUUUUCAGUUAGACCAAUUGCUGGAUGAUGCUGGUAUGAGAAUAACUCUGGAAGAUAAACCAGGCAGCUGCCAUGAGAUGGUUUCAGCUCUGGCUCUGCGUGUCGAAGAGGUCGAGGCCAGAGUGGCUGUAGAUCUGAAGCAGUCUGACAGAGGAGGGAUAGGAAGAAUGGAGGGAGAACAGAGGGAAAGAGCAUUCGGUAGGAAGAGGAUGGGCCUUCAGGUCGCCCUGAGGGAGGUGCUGACAGCACUUGAAAAACAUGGGCUGAAGGAGCCCACACUUCCUGCACUACAGCACAGGUUACGCUUCAUGGCAGACAUGGAGAGUAAACUGGUUUCAAUACGCUCAGAGAUUAAGGAUCUGAGAAAUACUUGCGCACAGACAAGCACCUCAGAGAGAGGCAUCAGCGAGCUGCAGACGCAAUGGGAAAAUGCACACAGAGCAGUCACAGAGAGUCGUGAACAGUGUGUCUCUCUGACUGAACUGCUGAAGAAGUUCCAGAGCUGCCGAAAUCACUUGGGCAGCAUUUUGCAGAAAGCAGAGCAGACUGUUGGUGAUCAGGCCUCCUAUAUAGGCAAAGACAACCUGCAGCUCCUGAUCAGUAAGGUGAGCAGUAUAAAGUCAGAUCUCAGUGGUCUUGGGGACGGGGUGGAGGAGUUGAGAUCUGUGUGUCGUCAGCUGCAGUCUCUGAUGAGAAGGAUCCCAGACUGUGCUGACACUCCAUUUGAGAGUGAGGCCGAUUCCCUCAUGGACCGCUGGCUUGAUGUUACUGAGAAGACAGACUGUCAUCUGGACAACCUUCAAGCUGGCUUUUCUCUUUGGGAAAAACUCCUUCUGUUGGCUGGAGAGGUGGAGGGCUGGAGCGCCCAAAAGCUGAUGACACUUGCUCAGUCAAACCCCUUUCAGACAGAGCAGGACGUGUCUGUCAUGGAGGAUGAGCUCACGAUUCAAGAGGAGAACAUUGAACAUUUCCAUCGCAGAUCAUCCGAGAUCCAGAAGCUUUUGCAGAGUCGUGAGUUCCCACUGGAGCUGCAGGUGAUUGAGAGCCAGCUGAGAAAGAAGAUGGCAGAGGUGAAGGAGCUCUUUUCUGAGGCCAGUGAUGUUUUCAGACAGCUGGAAGCUGUCAAAGGGAAGGUGGCGUCUGAUAUUGCAGAUCACCUGUCCUCCAUUCAAACUAUCACAAAUGCACUUACCUCACUGACCACAUCUGAAAGCCCACAGGUCUUCAACACCAUCCAGGGUUUAUCGGAGGAUCUGCUAGCAGAGGCAGAGCAGGCCGAUGCAUUACUGCAGCAGAUAAAUCUUCUUUCCAGCAUUGCAGGUCUAGAAAACCUGCAGGCGCUGGCUGAAGGUGGAGCUCAACUUCAAGAAAGCAUUUGCACGGCUAGAGAGCUGGUCAUAGAGAAAAGAGAGCAAGCGAUGAACCCCAACAGACCUGAAAAUCCCAAGCACAUCAAGCCGCAGAAAAACGAAGAUACUGCGCCUGAGAUACAGUGUGUGUCUAAUGGUAAAGCAGAGGAACAGUCACACAGAGGCCAGACACAAGACCCUCUUCUUGAGUUGAAAGACUUCAAAGAGCAGGCCUGCAGCUGGUCCAGUGAACUGCAUCUGAAGGGUGAUUUUCAGGUUUCUGAAGAUGAAAACAGACAGAUCACACUUGAAGAAGAUGACCGCACAGCAGUGCAGGCUCCAGAACAAGUGAAAGGAAACCUAUUAGAGGCUGAGAAACUGUCUGAGGUCCUGCAGGCAAGCUUUUUUCAAGAGGGACAGACUGCUCUCUCCCAAGAUGUUCAGACGCUGUUUGGAAAAACAACAGCCCUGAGGAAGAUCUUGGAAGAUGAGAGGACUCAGGAAGGGAACUCUGAUCCAGAUCAGUGUUCCAUUCAGUGCAUCAAACCUCGGCCGCCUGGAGUAUCUACAGAGGAGCUCCAGUCAGUUCAGGUUGUCACUGACAGUGAAUGGUCGAGUGAUAUAAAGUGUAUGGAUAUACAAUUCUUGCCCUCAAAGAAAGUAAGUAAAACCAAACAUAUAUCACCUUGUUCAGAAGAACAAACAACCAAAGAUGUUGAGAACCUUCCAUCGGACCACGACACCAAUAAGCAGCAGUUCAUGUCUCGAUCUAAAGAGAGGGAUGAAACUGGAUCUGUAUUAAGAGAAGAAGAUGACAGCAAAUUCACACAUGGCUCAUCCUGUGAAUCACUAAAGCCUGUCUUUACCAUAGUGCUGGACUCUGAUCUUACCAAACCCAACCAGAUCCCACUGACACAACCUGUCCCAGCUUCUUCAGUUAAAUGGGAUACUGUUUCAGUUGUUCAUGAUGGGACUGCAGAGACAUCAGAGGAUGGAUUGAAACUCUUGGAAGUCAGACCAAAUGUUGAUGUAGCUGUAGAUGAAGAACAUGCUGUAAUAAGCUCUUCUGAUGAACCCCAAACCCCUGAGAUCAUAGAGGCUGAUGUUCAAAAAAAUGAAAAAGAGAAGCAAAAUGAAGUCACUGAUGCAGAAGCAGCAAGCCAAAUCUAUGUCCUCAGUGGAGGAGGCAGUGAGUCAGGGUCUGUAGUUCACCAGCAGGAUGUGCCAAUAUUGGAGAGUUAUAAUGAAGAUGACAACAUCACCUUUGAAGAGCCUUCAAAUGAAGCAAAUGCACUUCAAAAACCUCCAAAAGGUGUUAAAGGUAGGAAGAAGAACAGAAAACAAGUUGGUGUAGAAAAAGCAAAAAAUAUCAGUAAUAAAAAGCUGAGCACAUGUAAAUGUGAAGAAAAGAACACAACUCACCCAGAAAGCCUUCAGACUUCUGAGGUCAGGCCGUCGGAUGCCAUAGAUAUGGCCUGUGUCAGUACAAUGACUGUGUCCUCAGACUUCAGUCAACCAGACACCGCAAAGCCAUUGAGUACAGAAAACAAACGAACAGUGGACACUGUGCAGAAAGAGACCUUGACUCAAACUGAAACAGAGGAUGGACAUUUUGAAAACAUUAGCAUCUCACUUGCCGGAGGCUCCAAUAUCAAUACCACAGAUAUGGUUUUAGCAGCAGUGGAGACCGUACAGUCAACACAUACGAAGGAAUCCAAACUAAUGCCAGAAGAUUCUACAUCUGUUGUGACAGCUGACUGUAUAACACAAUUUUCUACCACAGUCCCAUCAGAGUUACAACUCAGCCAUGCUGAAGCUCAGAGGACAGAGUAUUCAGAUGCCACUUUCCCUUUGCAGUAUGAAAAAAUGCACGGAGCCAAAUCAGAUUCAUCUGCCAGGAGCAAAAUGUUCAAAAGCAGAGGAUCAGGAGCAGACAGUGAGGAUCAAACGAGGCAUGCGGAGCAGCCUACCGGGACACGUGCGUGGGCCACUUUACUGAACACCAUCACUAACGCUCAGCCACUUCUGAUCACCAGUCACGCUACUGAGGAAUCUAGACCAAGGAAAGAUUCCUGGCUUAGGAACACAUCACUCUUAGAGUCUGACAGCUGUCUGGCAUGGACUGUCCUGUGGGUUUUCAGAUGUCGGUACAGACCAGCCCAACUUAACAUUGUACAUAUGGCUCAUCAGCUGGAAGAAGUUGAGAUCUGCCGGCAACAUGUCCUGGAGCAGGUGUCUAGACUGCCUCGACGUGAAUCUAAUGCAGGAUACUCUACAGAGCUUGAGCUGAGCAUAGAGGGCAGAUGGAACCGAGUACUGCUGGAUACCUCAACCAUGGUGGAGUUCAAAAAAGCACAGCUCCAGCAGGUCACACAGUACCACCAGCAAACACUGGUUCUCACGGAUACUCUACACAAUCUGGAGGCUGAGUUCAAUACACUGACACCGGAUUGCAUUGACAGCAGCACCUUGCAAGUGGAGAAGCUAAAUGCAUUCUUGAAUUACAUGCAGAAGAAGAAAUGCACACUAGAGGAGCUCCUACAGACAUGCUCUCAGGUUUCAGCCCAUCUGAGUGAGGCAGAGGGACCUGUGGCCUGCAUUGAACCUUUUAGGACUUUACAGGAGAGAUGGCAAACUAUAGAGCAGGUUGCCUCCAGCAGUCUGUGGUGUGCUAACGUCUGCACAGCAGAAGCAUCUGCACUCCUGCAAAAAGCCAAAGAUCUGCACCAUGAACUGGAGCUUCUGGAGAAGUCUGUUUCUCUUCCGCAUCCCUCUCAAGGACAGAUGGACUGCCGAAGUGAGCUACAAGAAACUGUCAGAACUGCAGACCUUGCAUCAUUAACUGAGCACUACUUGUACCUUCUUGAUGUCUCUCAGGCUCUUUCCUCAAGUCCCCUGGGAAAAAAUGAGCUCAGAGAUGUGCAGGAUGCAAUGCAGGGCCUGAAUUCUCAGCUUACACGAAUUCAGGAGAAGCUCAGCUCUCAGACUUCGAAUGGCAAUGGCCGUUCACCGAUCACAAGGAUUAUCAGGGACUAUGUUACAUGGGCUAAACAAACGGAAAGCAAAGUCAGCAGGAGUGGGAGGUUGGCUCUGUUUCCUGAAGAGGCAAGUCACCAGGUCAGUCACAUGAAGAAACUGCAGUCUGAAACAUCUCUUAAGAAGUUUCAGCUGGCCACUGUAUUGAAAGAGCUAAGAGAGGAAGUUACAGGACUUGACAAGGAGGAUUCCAUGUCUCCCACCCUUGCUUCCCUAGAGGAUUUGUAUGUUAAGAUUACAGAGAAGACCAAAUGUGCUGUUGCAGAAAUGAACAGAAUGUUUCAUAUACGACAGAGACUGUGGAAACAGAUCACUGACAGCAGCUCUUGGUUAACCUCAGUAUUAGAAAAAGAGUCUGGUAAAACAGUGGCUUCUGAACCUAAAACUACCAUCCCAGAAUUGAGGGUUCAGCUUCAAGUAUGCACAGAGGCUUUGAAGGAAGCCGAGAGACAAGCAAAUAACUUGGAUACUCUGUUAGAUGAAAUAAAAAAUGUGAAUCACGGUCUGAGUGUACCCGAAAGCUUUCAGCUUAUCAAUAGGCUAACAGCGUUACAAGAAGAGGUCUCUAGGGUUGUGAACCGUAAGUGGGCCUUGCACUGGGUGCUUGAAGAACUCCUUCAUGCUCAGGAAUCUUCUGUUGAGGAGCAGAACAUCAUCCUGAAGAGUUUGAGACAGACGAGUGCUGAUGUCAUGAGGCAGAAGUAUCCCUUAACAAGGGACUCACUCUUGGCUCUUGAACCUGUUCAGCACAUCCUGAUGGAGCUCCUGUGCAAGGUGCCGGAAAUUCCAUACUGCCCCGAUUCUCGGAGGAAAGAGAUGCUCAAUGCUGUACUAGACCUACAGAGGAGAAUGCAUCUGCUGGAGUUACAAGCGAAAGAGCAUGGGGAGUAUGUCAUUUUAAGGCAGUGCAUGGAGAACUCCAGAGAGGUGGUGAAGAAGAGCUUGUCGCAAAUUGUAGACUCGAGUGUAGGAGCUGACAUAAGGCUCGGUUUUUGUCAGGCUGUUCUGGUGGAGCUAGCUUUGGUGAGAAUGACAUGUCAAGGGGCCACUGACCAGCUUGAGGCCAUUUCGAAAGAUCUCUAUCCAUCCCAGCUGACAGCAGAAAGGCAAAAAAUCAGUUUGGUCAUUGAGCAGCUCGCCUCUUGGGAGCUCACAGUAAAAAAUGAGGCUAAAACCCUUGAGUGCUCUCUAGGGGAGAGACUCAGGAUUCCUACAGACCUCAGACCAUUCACUGAGCUCUUCAACCGUGUCAGGCAGGAGCUGAAUGAGUGCAUCUGCUUGGAGCCAGAUUUUGAGACCAUUGAAGCUGAGCUACGAAAGCACUGGAUGCGAAUCCAAACCGUUGAGUCUGUACUACGACUGCUGGAGCACUGCAGGAAAGCAGUAGAUGCUGAAUGCUACCAGACGACCAUUGGUAUUGGCCAGAAAACUCUUAAUGAUUGCAGUAUGCGUAUGGACAAGCUGCUCCAAGCUUGGGAGGCACUGAAGCAUUACCACUGGGCUGUUCAGGGUGCAGAGAGCUUCUUUCAGCAGAUUAGAUCCAAUCUCAUGAUCCCCUCUGAUGGCUUCAAAGGCUACAAAGAGGAGCAUCGCUAUAUUGAUCGGAUUUUUAGCACUCUGGUUGAGGGUUUCCAGGCCCACUUGUCUGAAGUUGGUGCUUCUGUUCCCCAGCAGACAUGCCUCUCCAUCCCUCUAACUGAGCAGCUUCAUAUCAAGGUUUUGAGUCACCUUCUAGUACAAGAUGCCAAAUUAGAAGCUCAGGCUCAGCUCAGACUUGAGGUCUUACAGAGGUACAUGAAAGACCAAAUUGUUCACAUGAGUCACCAUGAAGAAAUGAGCAAACUUCUCAGAAAUGUUGAUUCUCAAAUCUCUAGUCAUUGCUUAAGUCAAAAACCGGCUGAUUCCGAAGCCUGCCAAGAUCAACAGCUGAAAGUAAAGUUGCUCCAGACAGAGCUAAAGAACGUUGCUAAAAGGCUUGAGGAAUUGAGGGAAAGUUGUCCAGGUCUACGCUGCAAAGCACCUGUGGAUCUGAUGCUGGGACAGCUCUGGAGGUCUUGGGCAGUGCUGCAGUGGAGAGUAGAAUCACUCAAAGCCAGCACGACUCAUAAAGAAGCAGAGUGGAAAGACUUUGUGAUACGUCUGAAUAAAUCAAAGGAAGCUCUUGACAGACUGCAGAAGGAUCUUCCAGACUCCUCUAUGGUGGCGGGAUCCCUGGUGGAUCUUCAGGUUGUUCUGAGCCUCACUGAGCGCCUUCAAGAUGGAAUUGAGCAGGAGCAUCACACUUUGGCAUCUCUACAACACCAUGUGACACGAUUGCUUGGGGUCUCAAAUUUGCAACAGCUGAAAGUGUGCCCUCAAAUCUGCCAGGACUUGCAGUCUUUACAGGGUCACUGCAGAAGCCUCAGAGAUCAGAGCAAUAACAUCCGUCGGGAGGUGCUUUUUGAGAUCCAGGAGUUGGGUCGCGUGCAGGAGGAGUUGAGUGCCAUUCAGCAGAAUGUUCUCUCUCUUUUGGUGGUUUUACAGUCAGAGUCAGCUGCUCAACACUUACAGGAAGUCAAAAUGGAAUUGGUUUCACAAAAGGCUCGACUGCAGGAUGUCAUGGAAAGAGUGCAGAAGAAAUGGAGCUGUGUACCCUCAGAGAUUCAGAUCUUACAGAAUGAGCUUGACGUCUCCAUUCAGGAGGCCAAGGACAAAUUGGGCAUGGUCAUGGAGAGAAGUGGUCCUCUCUGUAAAAUGGGUGAGCUGAUUGGAGAGGUGACCGUUGGCUUGAAUUGUGUGCAAGCCCUGCUGAAGCAAACGAGUCCUAAUUUUUCUGAGGCCAAACGUGCACAAAAGCGCAUAUGGGAUGAGCUGGACCAGUGGCACACGCGGAUAGCUAAGCUGGAGGCUGAGGUGCAGGAUCUGGCUGAGCAGAAGCCUGAGAGAGAACACGUCCUCAUGGACCAGCUCACAGAGCCUCUGCAGCUCUAUCAGACCACAGCCAAACAGGCCGAGCAAAGGACCGCCCUCAUCAGCAAAAUCCCUGCCUGUCUGCAGGACUAUGAAGGUUUACUCAAUAGCUCCAACUGCUGGUUAAGAGAGGCUCAGUCCUGGCUGGUCGCUCCCAGAACCUACACCACUUCGAAAUGCAUCCACUGUCACGCCAACUCCCUCAAGAUGACGCUGGAUGAAUCAGAAGGAUACAGGGCAGCUCUGGAGGGCUUGCUGCCUGUCCUGCAGGAGAUCACUCUGGUGUGUGACACCAGCCCUCAGCAACAACUUCUCCAACGGUGUAUACAAAACAUCACACUCGUACAGCAAAGCAUUCUGGAGCCUCUCUCUCACCUUCAGCACCUAGCAGCUGAGAUGGACGCUAUUGAAGCAGAGGUAAAGACAAUGGAGAAAAAUAUAAGUAAGAUCAGAACGAUCCUUUCGACCAGUGACACAGAGAACAUUUCUCCUGAGGAACAUCUCGAGAACAUACAGGUCAUUCUGGAUAAUGUCCAGUCAAUGAAGAGGACCAUUGAUGAGAUUGAGAGCUGCAGGGCAGGUCUGGGGCUUCCUGCUGGGGCAGAGCAAACUCUCACAGCCUUCCGUCGGGCCCAAGAGCUCCUGCAGCCCAUCCAGGAGCUACAGCAGCUCAGCGUGGAGCAGAACGCAGCUUUAAUGGCCUCUAUUGGGCAACCAGCUGAAAUGAUUCUCCAUUCAAACCAAAGCACAGAAUUCACGAUGCCUCAUCUUUACACUGGAGAUGUGAGGGUGUCCAUGGAAGCCCCUUUCAUUGAGGAGGAAGAUGAAGACAAUCGGUCUUCAUCCUCAGGAACUCUCACAAGCAGUAUUCCAGAGGACCCAGAUGAGACAAUAGAAGAGGAAGACAUUAAGACAGGCACUGCCUCUGCUGUAACAGAGUGUGUCAUUAAGGAAUCCUCUCCUGAAGAAGUAGUUGAUUUUCGUGCAGAUAAGCUUGUAGUACAGAACACCAACACAGGAAGUUGUUUACUGGAGCCUUCUGGCUUCCCUGAAAUGCCUGGCAUAUACAGCAGACCAGUUAUCGAAGAGACAAGUUCUCUACCUGCACUAACAUCCCAACACUUGAAAGAAUUUCCAAAUGAUAGUUGCCUGAAGCCUGACAGUGCAAAUAUAACAAAGGAAAAGCAAAACGAGUGCACAGAAACCAAGAUGAUUGAAACCAUCCCAGCAAAGCCAGGAAUAUGCUCAGAAAUCACCAUGUUAAAAUCUGAAUCUGUAGAUCAGAAUGAAGCAACUGUAAACACAGACACAGGUACAAGUGAUCAAGGGAAAAAUACGGCCACAAAGCCACCUGUAAAUGUUACCGAUGGUGACCAGACCCAGACAGACUCUAAACCCAUAGACGGCGAAGCUCCUCUUUUGCUCUCCUCCCAGCUUAUAGAAUGUGUCCCACAGGAAGAUAAAACACUGGAAAUACAGAAAGAUCUGAUUGAGGCCUCCAUUCAAGAGACCAGCAGCCAGUCUCAAUUUCAGCACACAGCAUCUGUCAGCGAUGUGUCCAAGUCUGAAGGAGGAGGUGAAGAUCAAGAUCGAGAGGGUCUAGUCCAGCUUCUCAACUCUUUGAAGGAAACAUCGGAGACCCUUGGAUCAUGUCAGGAAAUCAGUUUUUUAGAGACGAGACAGGAUUUGUUAGAGAUUUCGGUGUUUGCAUUGAGUUCCAGUGAAUCACAGAUGGGAGACUCAAACAAACUCCUCAAGGACCUUUCAAGGAUCAAGAGUCUGCAAAGCACCACCUGGACUUUGAAACUUGAGCGGCGGAGAUCAAUGGGACAGAAUAUUGUUGACCUCCAGAGAUGUUCUGAAGCUCUUCUCAACGGUCUGCGGGGUCUCCUGGAGUUGGGCUCUGAGCGCCUGCUACGCAGUCAGGAUGCACAGCCACAAAACUGCAGUCAGCUGCACUGUCUGCUCACAGAACACAAGAAAUACUUCCGAGAUUUGGGGCAGAACCUUGUAAUGGUGAAGCUGCUAUCCCAGAAGCUGCCAGAGGGGGCACUGCAGGCCCAUGCAGAGGUGGAGCAUUUCAUAUCAGCUCUUCAGGAUCAAGCACAAACUCAUGGUGUCCGAAUGCAGCACAGCUUAGAGGAGUGGUCUCAGUACGAAGAGGUCACUGAGAGACUGCGUAAGCAGUUGGAUGAGAUGGAGAAAAACAUGUCCAGUCUGGAUUCAGAGCCAGAGGGAGACCUGCAGGGUCAGCUGCAGUCCUAUGAGAGGUUGCAGAAGGUCCUGGAAGACACAAGGCCUCAGGUGUGGGAGAUCCAAGACCGACUCAGGAUCCUACGGGAAAAGGGCUGUUUCCGUGAACGGCCAGACCAGCCUGUACCAAAAUCACAGCUGUUGAUACACUGGAUGGAGCUUCAGAAUCGACUACAGCAGAAGAUACGGUCCACACAGAAGAUCAGAAAGAAUUAUGAGAGGCUCCAGUGCAACUCAACAGAACUAGAAGUGUGGAUUUGUCAUGCUCAAGAACAGGUUCAGAAGUGGAAGACUUUGUCUGAUUCUGAUCCGCUGAAUUCCAGAACAAUCUUGUCUCAGCUCACGGAGUUCUUCGCAGAGCUAGAGGUCCGUUCGGCACAGAAAGCUUCUGCAGAAUGUGCAGGCACACAGCUACUGCAGCAGACUGACAGUGAAGCUCCAGGUCUGCGCAGACGACUGGCUCAACUUGAGCAGGAAUGGAUGAACUUGACUAGUGAGCUGCCCACCCUCAGCCAGAAACAGAAACAACUUUUGACAAACCAGUCUCACAGUCAUAUCUUGGCCAAAUUGACCUCCUGGAUCGAGCAUGUAGAGAGACGACUGGAGGAUGAAAGCUCGGGGGUCCACUGUGCCCUCGGUUCCUCUCAGCUGUCUAGUCAUCUAAAGGCUUUGAAGGAUCUCAAGGCUGAAAUAACCAGUCACCAGCCAUAUGUUGACGUCCUGAACCAUCAGUCUGUGGAGGGGACAGGAUCAGUGAAUGAACCCACCGAUCGCAAUGAGCACAUCGUGUUUGCUGAGCAGCUGGGAGCUCUCAAUCUGAGUUGGCUUAUUCUACAGGUCAAAAUUGACCGCAAGAUUCAUGAUGUUGAGGACCAAUGGCAGACCUGCACGGACAGAGAAAAGCGUUUGCACUGUAUGCACAGCUGGAUCUCUCAACGUAUGGAAUGGGUGAAAAACAACUGGCGACCAGAGAGCUUUUCACAGAUCGAGCAAACGUUACAGGAGUGUGAGGAGACAGAGGAAAGGCUGCAGGUGAAGUCUUCUGAGCUGAAGGCUUUGGGAGCUCUUUACCUGUUCAGGCAGAAGGACGGUGAACAUCCUGGAGAUCAAGCAUUCUCCAAACAAGUGAAUUUAGCCAUCCAGGACUGCCAAGCUUUGAGUCGACAGAUAAAUGCUCUCAGGUCAGGUUUACAGGAAAUAAAAGAUGAAUGGACUCGCUUUGAAUCUAAAAUGAGUGCAGCAGAACUGCAAACAACUGGGGUGCUCUACAAGCUGGAGCUCUGCAGAGUUCCUGUGUUCUCGUCUGAGCAGAGCCGAACUCAUGUGGAACAUCUGCAAGAGCUUGAAGGGGAGCUGAACCGAUCAGAGACCGGGACACAGUUAACUGAAAUGUUUUCUGAUUUGAAAGCCAAACUCAACCCUUAUGCGUCUGAGCUUUUGUCUGUUCAUCUAGAGAAAGAGAGAUCCCGACAUCAAGCAGUGACUGAAGAUGUGCAUGCAGAUUUACUAAAGGCCCGGAAUGCAUUGCGGCUUUGGCUGGAGUAUGAGCGUCUCACAGGAGAGUGCUGCGUUCAGCUAAAUCAGCACUGGGAGAGGCUUAGAGAGCUUAUGAGUUCUUCAGACAGAGAAGAAAACACUGCAGAGCUGCUCAACAGCAGGAUGCAGGGCAUCAGUGGUCUAGAGAAAGACAUGCCGGUCUUGAAAAGCAGUGUGGGAAAAGUCCUGGAGGCCUCGAAGCUUCUCAUUGGGCAGAUGAAUCCCCAGUCAUCCUCUCUAAUCAAAUCAGAAACCAUGUUGCUAUCAUGUGACCAUGCGCAUCUUUGCAAGGCACUUUCUGACAUUGGUGCACAAGUUCAGGAGGAGCUGGAGGAACACUGCCGUUUCAGCAAUGAGUUGAAAUCAGUUGAGCAACAACUCAAAAACUUUGAGAGCAUAAUGACCACCUCUGCUACAAGCAUGGAUAGACUAAAGAUGGUUCUGUUUGAUCUGAGUGCUCUGAACCCUAACCUUGCUGCUCUGAACCAAACGAGUUUCAGACUCUCCUUAAGCUCUACAGAGGAAGAGAGGUUACAGUCCCUCAACACACAGUUUGUUCAGGUCUUCUCUCAGGCUACACACCGACACAGGAAGAUGUAUGGAGAGCUGCUGCAUGCUCUGAACUUCCAACAGAAGUGCCAGUGCUGGAUGGAGUUCCAGGACAAAAUCAAGGCUGGGUUAUCCAAUCCGACGUCUGGAAACUCUGCUGCUGUAAAAGAGCAGCUAGCUGCACAUCAGAAGCUGAAAGUGGAGGUCCUCAUCAGUCAGCAGCUGGCUGCCUCAAUCAGUGAGGAUUUGCGCUUCCUGGAGAGCAGUCAGAAUGAGGACAGGAGUCAUCUGAUCCUGAGACUGACCCAGCUAAAGGAAGAAUGGCAGGGGACGCAACAGAGGGUACAGCAGCAUGGCAAAUGUUUGGAAGGGCUGAUGGGACAGUGGCAACUCUAUAAGGCUGGCUCAGGGAAACUUUCAAAGUUAGUCAGACACAUCGAAGAACUUCUGCCCCUAGCAGGACUUGUACCAUCCAGCUUAACCCAAGUCCAAUGCUCUAUAAAAGACUUUGAGUGGACAGAGGAGCAACUAAAGCUUCAUGAAGCACUCUACAGGCAGACUGUGGACGCAGGAGGACACAUCCUUCUACUGACAGAUGCGCAGACGCAGACACACGUGCAGACUGAACUGGAUGCUCUCAAAGAGAUGUGGGAGAGAAGCUGUGACCUUGUGAGGAAAGGGAAGGCUCUCACAGACACCAUAACUCAUAACUGGAAGCUCUGUGAAAGCGGCCUGGCUAAUAGUGCUCUCAAACUGGAGGAGAUAAAAGCAAGACUGAAGUGUCCACUGCCAGAGAAGCUAGAAGAUCUUAAGUCACACAUGCUGCUCAUCAAGGAGGACGAGGACUCGCUGCAGAUUUGGGCUGGAGAACUGAAAGAGCUGACCACCAUGAAGACAGACGUGUCCCAGUACGUGCUGCCUAGUGACACCGCGCUGCUCCAGGGACAGGUGGAAGAACUUCACAGCCAAUGGGAAGAACUGUGCUUGAAGGUGUCCCUUCGCAAACAGGAAAUAGCAGAUCGCCUGAACGCCUGGCUCAUCUUCAAUGAUAAAAACAAGGAGCUCUGCGACUGGCUGACGCAGAUGGAGAAAAAAGUGACACAUAGGGUCGAAAACCUUAGUAUUGAGGAAAUGGUGGAGAAGCUUAAAAAGGACUGUAUGGAGGAGAUUAAUCUCUUCAGCGAGAACAAGAGCCACCUCAAGCAGCUGGGCGAGCAGCUACUAUUGGCCAGUGACAAGGCUAAGGAGGCAGAGAUUGACGGGGCCUUGCGUGAUGUCAACGACCGCUGGCAACACCUGUUCGACCACAUUGAGGCCAGGGUGAAAAAGCUGACCGAAACCCUGGUGAGAGUGCAGCAGUUGGAUAAGAACAUGAAUAACCUUCGCUCUUGGCUCACUCGCAUUGAAGCUGAGCUGGCCAAACCCAUUCACUACAGUAUCUGCCACAGAGAUGAGAUCCAAAAGAGACUGGCUGAGCAACAGGACCUGCAGCGUGACAUCGAGCAGCACACUGAAAGGGUGGCGUCUGUGCUCGCCCUGUGUGACGUGCUUCUGCACGAUGAGGAUGCCUGCAGCAAUGAUGGAGAGAAUGACUCCAUCCAGCAGACCACGCAGCGCUUGGACCAGCGCUGGAGAAAUAUCUGCUCCACGUCUCUGGAGAGGAGGCUGAGGAUUGAGGAAACAUGGCGACUGUGGUGUAAAUUUCAGGAGGAUUACUCUUCGUUCGAGGACUGGCUGAACGUAGCUGAGCGCUCUGUUGCUGAACCCAAUUCAUCAGACGUCAUGUACACUGACGCCAAAGAGGAACUUCAGAAAUAUGAGGUUUUCCAAAGUCAAGUGCAUGAGAGUCUGACCCAGCUGGAAAUGAUUAAUAACCAGUACAGACGACUAGCGCGGGAGAACCGAGCUGAUGCAGCCAGCAGACUCAGAGCCAUGGUUCAUCAGGGGAACCAGCGCUGGGACGCGCUCCAGAGGAGAGUGGCUGCAGUACUGCGCAGACUCAGGUAUUUCACAAGUCAGAGAGAAGAGUUUGAGGGAACCCGCAAGAGCCUCCUCGUCUGGCUGACCGAGAUAGACCUCCAGCUGACCAAUGUAGAGAACGUCUCAGAGAGCCAUCUCCAAGACAAGAUGAAACAGCUGAAGAGUUUUAAGAAAGAGAUCACUCUGAACACCAAUAAGAUUGAUGCUCUGAUCGUUUUUGGGGAGGGGCUGAUUCAGAGGAGCUGUCCUCAAGAUGCUGUUGUGAUCGAAGAUGAGUUAGAGGAACUGCACACGUACUGUCAAGAGGUGUUCGGCAGGGUGGCCCGAUUCCACCAGCGCCUCACCAGUCUCCGCCCGCUGGACGUCUUUGAUGGUGAACAGUCCAGAGGGACACUGGCCACCCCGUCCUCCAGCCAGCCCUCCAUGUGCCUGCUAUCACCACCUCAGGAGCACUCGGGCCGUGAAACCCCCGUCAGUGUGGAUUCCAUCCCUCUGGAGUGGGACCACACCGGGGAUGUUGGCGGCUCUUCUUCACAUGAUGAGGAAGAAGAUGCUGCCUUCUUCUCUGCCCUGUCAGGACAGAAUUGGCACUUUCAGAACACAGCUGAAGGGGAAUCCUUCCAGCUGGACUCCUCCUCACCUACACACACCAGCACUCCUUUUAAACAAGGCUACGUCCAGCUGAUGUCUGAAUGCAGCGGCAGCAUUAAGAGUGUGAAGAGGGUUUCUAUGAUCCUGGAUGAUGAGGAACAGCAGGAAGAACAAGGUCUCACUAGCCUCAACACCGCAGACAAACAGUCAGGAGUGAUUGAGCGCUGGGAGCUGCUGCAGGCUCAAGCAGUGAGUAAAGAGCAGUGCAGCACCAGAGACCCCCAGCAGCUGACCGCUGACCUGCAUGACAUCACUUCCUGGCUGGAUCGGGUCACCUCUGAGCUGGACAGACUGCAGAAGCCAGAGACAUCCGUCAGUGUUGAGAUCUUAGAAGAGAGGGUCAAACAACUUAAAGAAAUGCAGAAGUCAUUUGCUCGUUAUAAGACCAUGAUGCUGUCUCUGAACCUGGGGGGGCGAGAGCUGCAGCAGGGGGCUACAGGAGGAGCACCUGAGCUUCAGGACGGUCUGCGCAGCAUGAAUCGCCGUUGGACAGAGGCUUGUGUGGGACUAGAGGGAUGGGAGGACAGUCUACGCACCACUCUAGGACGCUGUCAGGAGUUCCACCAGAUGGUUCACUCUCAACUGCUAUGGCUGGCCCAUGCAGAGAGCAGACGCUACACAGUAAACCUGAAUGACCCUUCUGUGCAGCCCUCCAUGCUUCAGGAACACAGGAACACGCUGAAGGAUCUGACAGAGGAGCUGCAGGGCAGGCAGAAGCAAGUGUGCUCCCUGCAGGCGAUCGUCUCCGAGCUGCUUCCUGAGGCUGGUGGGGAGGACUGUGCUGAAGCCAGGGAAAAACUCCAUGUCAUUGGAAGCAAACUACGACUUCUGUCACGUCAAGUCGACCAGGAUCACCAGACAGUUCAGGAGAGAUUAGAGUCCACGACUGAGGCUUCGGGAGACAAGAAAUCCACACAAUGCUCUCGGUCAAAGCGUGACUCAUCCCCUCGGCGUUCAUUCUUCUAUCGAGUCCUGCGAGCGGCUUUCCCUCUUCACCUCCUGUUCCUCCUGCUGUUGGUCCUGGCCUGCAUGGUCCCUCUUUCUGAAGACGAUUACAGCUGCACCUUUUCCAACAAUUUUGCCCGCUCUUUCCACCCCAUGUUACACUACACCAACGGUCCUCCCCCAACAUGAGUCUCUCAUCAAACGUGCGGCGAAGCACCUCACUUUUGUCCAACCAAUAUUUUAAUGGUGGUAUUUAUAUAAAUUGAUGUUGUACUAUUUAUUCCCCUUUGAGAGCCAUACUACUGAGAAUUUUGUUUUUUAAUGUUACAGUUGGAUGUGAUCAAAAAAUGUUUGUCCCUUUUUUGUCACAAUGCUGAAAAAGAAAAACGUCAAUCAUUGUAUGAGCUUGAAUGUUAACCAAUGAUAAUUUUUUGAAAUAUU